AUGGAGUACCAUGUGGGGAUUACUUACUCUAAUUACUACGUACAAACUUUAACUUUUAACCCAAGCAAAGGUGGGCUUUACCCCAACACAAGCGCAGCCUCCCUUUUACCUACGCAUAAAGCCCAGACUUUCCCACACUUUUGCCUCCCACUUUCUCCCACCAACUCUCCUCUCUUUAUCUCUCCUCUUUCUCUCUGCAACACCUUCUAUACCAUAACAAUGGCAGCCACCUCCAACACACAAACAACCCUUUUCCUCAAAACCCCUUUCACCCCACUAAAAACCCAACAAACCCAUUUCCUCCCCUUCAAUUUCAAGAUCCGAGCCCCCAUUUCCAAAAUCACAUGCACCGCCGCAACAACCACCACACCCACCACCAAAUCCCCGGAAAACCACCGAUCCGAAGACCGCGUCUUCAACUUCGCCGCCGGCCCCGCCGUCCUCCCUGAAAAUGUCCUCCAAAAAGCGCAAAUAGAGCUCCUUAACUGGCGAGGUUCCGGCAUGAGUGUUAUGGAGAUGAGCCACCGUGGGAAGGAAUUCACCUCCAUUAUCGAAAAAGCAGAGUCAGAUCUACGUACCCUUUUGAAUAUUCCGUCUGAUUACACCGUUCUCUUUCUUCAAGGUGGUGCUUCUACCCAAUUCUCCGCCAUUCCUUUGAAUCUCUGCAACUCCGAUGAUGCUGUCGAUUACCUUGUUACUGGGUCUUGGGGAGGUAAAGCUGCUAAAGAGGCUGUCAAGUAUGCUAAAGCAUCCACCAUUUGGUCUGGGAAAUCUGAUAAUUAUACAAGAAUCCCUAAUUUUGAUGGGUCUGAGUUUGAGCAAAACUUGCACGCAAGGUAUUUGCAUAUUUGCGCCAAUGAAACUAUUUAUGGUGUUGAGUUUAAAAAUUACCCUGUUCCUGCUAAUCCAAAUGGGUUUUUGGUUGCUGAUAUGUCUUCUAAUUUUUGCUCUAAACCUGUUGAUGUAACCAAAUUUGGGCUCAUUUAUGCUGGUGCCCAGAAAAAUGUGGGUCCAUCUGGGGUUACAAUUGUUAUUGUUAGGAAUGAUUUGAUUGGAAAUGCUCAGAAAAUUACUCCAAUUAUGUUGGAUUAUAAGAUUCAUGCUGAUAAUAAGUCACUUUAUAAUACUCCCCCUUGUUAUGGGAUUUAUAUGUGUGGGUUGGUUUUUGAGGAUUUGUUGAACCAAGGUGGGUUAGUUGAGGUUGAGAAGAAGAACAAGGCUAAGGCACAGGUACUGUAUGAUGCAAUUGAUGAGAGCAAUGGGUUUUACAAGUGCCCAGUUGAGAAAUCAGUGAGGUCAUUGAUGAAUGUACCCUUUACUCUUGAAAAAUCGGAGCUCGAAGCCGAGUUUAUCAAGGAGGCUGCUAAGGAGAAGAUGGUGGCUCUUAAAGGUCAUAGGUCUGUUGGAGGGAUGAGAGCUUCUAUCUAUAAUGCUAUGCCUUUGGCUGGUGUUCAAAAGUUGGUUGCUUUUAUGAAGGAAUUCCAAGCUAAACAUGCUUAGAUUUUUUUUUGGAAUGGUUUGGUCUAAUUUUGGCACUUUCUUGCAGCAAAAUAUCUGAGUGUUUGUUUCUCUCAGUUUAUGUUUUUUUACCUGGUUUGUUAUGUUUAUUGCUUGUUACUUCAUAAUCAUGGAGUAUUUUAGUAGUAGUAGUAGCAAGUUUUGUUUUUGAGUAUUGUAUGGCCAAAUUACAAGAGCCUUUUAGUGGAUGAAUAAGUGUUUUACUGUUAUGCAGCUUAUUAGAUAAUAGGAGUAUCACAUUGUAUGCAGUCUAUGAAACUAUGCACAACUUAAUGAGAAUUAAUAUUACUAUUACUAUUA